GCCCGGCGGCGGCCGCCGCGCCCUCGGGCUCCGGCUCCGGCUCCGGCUCGGGCUCGCCGUGGCUGCGGCGGCGCCGUGAGGAGGAGUCCGCGUCCUCGGUGGAGGCGGUGGCGGCCGGCUCCAGGCCGGGUUUUGGCGCCGCCCGCCUGCUGCCUCCUGGCGGCUCCUGAACUCCAGCCCCCUCUCUAUCAGCCUCUCACUCCGUCUCAAUAUGUCUCAAGAUGGCGGCCAAUGUGGGAUCGAUGUUUCAAUAUUGGAAGCGCUUUGAUUUACAGCAGCUGCAGAGGGAACUCGAUGCCACCGCAACAGUAUUGGCAAACCGGCAAGAUGAAAGCGAGCAGUCUAGAAAGCGGCUCAUUGAGCAGAGCCGAGAGUUCAAGAAGAACACUCCAGAGGAUUUACGCAAGCAGGUAGCGCCGCUGCUGAAGAGCUUCCAAGGGGAGAUUGAUGCACUGAGUAAACGAAGCAAAGAAGCUGAGGCAGCCUUCUUGAAUGUCUACAAAAGAUUGAUUGAUGUUCCAGAUCCCGUGCCAGCCCUGGACCUCGGGCAACAGCUCCAGCUCAAAGUGCAGCGCCUGCACGACAUUGAAACAGAGAACCAGAAACUUAGGGAAACACUCGAGGAAUACAACAAGGAAUUUGCUGAAGUAAAAAAUCAAGAGGUUACGAUAAAAGCACUUAAAGAAAAAAUCCGAGAAUAUGAACAGACUCUGAAGAACCAAGCUGAGACUAUAGCUCUCGAAAAGGAACAAAAGUUACAAAAUGAUUUUGCAGAAAAGGAAAGAAAGCUGCAAGAGACACAGAUGUCCACCACCUCAAAGCUGGAAGAAGCGGAACAUAAAGUUCAGACUCUGCAAACAGCCCUUGAAAAAACUCGAACAGAAUUAUUUGACCUGAAAACCAAAUAUGAUGAAGAAAUUACUGCCAAGGCCGAUGAAAUUGAAAUGAUCAUGACGGACCUUGAAAGAGCAAACCAGAGGGCAGAGGUGGCUCAGAGAGAGGCGGAGACCUUAAGAGAGCAGCUCUCGUCAGCCAACCACUCUCUCCAGCUGGCCUCGCAGAUCCAGAAGGCGCCGGACGUGGAGCAGGCCAUAGAGGUGCUGACCCGCUCCAGCCUCGAAGUUGAGUUGGCCGCCAAAGAGCGGGAAAUCGCCCAGCUAGUGGAGGACGUGCAGAGACUGCAGGCUAGCCUCACCAAGCUGCGGGAGAACUCCGCCAGCCAGAUCUCCCAGCUCGAGCAGCAGCUGAGUGCCAAGAACAGCACACUCAAACAACUGGAAGAAAAACUCAAAGGACAGGCUGACUAUGAAGAGGUGAAGAAAGAACUCAAUAUUCUGAAGUCCAUGGAGUUCGCACCGUCCGAGGGAGCUGGGACACAGGACGCAUCCAAGCCCCUGGAGGUGCUGCUGCUGGAGAAGAACCGCUCGCUGCAGUCCGAGAACGCCUCUCUGCGCAUCUCCAACAGCGACCUGAGCGGGUCAGCCAGGAGAAAAGGGAAAGACCAGCCUGAGAGUCGGCGUCCUGGACCUUUGCCGGCGCCCCCUCCUCAGUUGCCCCGCAACACGGGGGAGCAGGCUUCCAAUACUAAUGGUACACACCAGUUCUCACCAGCGGGGUUAACUCAAGACUUUUUCAGCUCAUCCCUGGCAAGCCCCAGCCUACCCCUGGCUUCUACGGGAAAAUUUGCACUAAACUCUCUCCUCCAACGACAGCUAAUGCAGUCCUUCUACUCCAAGGCCAUGCAGGAAGCAGGAAGCACAAGCAUGAUUUUUUCAACAGGUCCAUACAGCACAAACUCCAUAUCUUCCCAAAGUCCAUUACAACAAAGCCCAGAUGUAAAUGGCAUGGCCCCAUCUCCCAGCCAGUCAGAAAGUGCUGGGAGCGUCUCCGAGGGCGAGGAGAUAGACACUGCAGAAAUCGCCCGGCAGGUGAAAGAGCAGUUGAUCAAGCACAAUAUCGGACAGCGCAUUUUUGGACAUUAUGUCUUGGGACUGUCUCAAGGGUCCGUGAGCGAGAUUCUGGCCCGGCCCAAACCAUGGAAUAAGCUGACCGUUCGCGGCAAGGAGCCUUUUCACAAGAUGAAGCAGUUCCUCUCGGAUGAGCAGAACAUCUUGGCUCUUCGCAGCAUCCAAGGCAGACAAAGAGAGAAUCCAGGCCAGAGCCUGAACAGACUAUUUCAGGAAGUACCGAAACGAAGAAAUGGGUCUGAAGGUAACAUCACCACCCGGAUCCGAGCCUCAGAGACCGGGUCCGAUGAAGCAAUCAAGUCUAUCCUGGAACAAGCCAAAAGGGAACUGCAAGUGCAAAAAACUGCAGAGCCCGCCCAGCCUUCUUCCACAUCUGGCAGUGGGAACUCCGAUGACGCCAUCCGCUCCAUCCUGCAGCAAGCCCGCCGAGAAAUGGAGGCCCAACAAGCUGCCCUCGACCCCGCCUUAAAACAAACACCACUGACACAGACUGACAUUGCCAUCUUGACCCCCAAAUUAAUAUCCACCUCGCCCAUGUCCUCAGUGUCCAGCUACCCUCCUCUAGCCAUCUCCUUGAAGAAGCCCACCUCCGCCCCCGAUUCCAGCACCCCCGCUCUGCCCAACCCCCCAGCCCUCAAAAAGGAGUCCCAGGACGCACCUGGACUGGACCUCCAAGGAGCCACCGAAUCUACACCAGGUGUCCUGCGACACGUGAAGAACGAGCUGGGCCGCAGUGGUGGGUGGAAGGACCACUGGUGGAGCACUGUGCAGCCGGAGAGAAAGAACAACCCUCCUCCCGAGGAAACAAAAGCCGAAGAAUCCAGCAGCGGGAAAGAAAAAGGUGGCAGCAGUCAGGCGAGGGCCGAACGCAGCCAGCUCCAGGGACCCUCCUCCUCCUCCUCCGAAUACUGGAAAGAAUGGCCCAGCGCCGAGUCACCAUACUCCCAGAGCUCAGAGCUGAGCCUGACCGGAGCCAGCCGCAGCGAGACACCCCAGAACAGCCCCCUGCCCUCCUCCCCCAUCGUACCCCUGUCCAAGCCCACCAAGCCCUCUGUCCCUCCACUGACGCCUGAGCAGUAUGAGAUCUACAUGUACCAGGAGGUGGACACCAUCGAGCUCACCCGGCAGGUGAAAGAGAAGCUGGCCAAGAAUGGCAUUUGUCAGCGGAUCUUCGGGGAAAAGGUGCUGGGCCUGUCCCAGGGCAGUGUCAGUGACAUGCUGUCCCGGCCGAAGCCAUGGAGCAAGCUGACCCAGAAAGGCCGCGAACCCUUCAUCCGGAUGCAGCUCUGGCUAAAUGGCGAGCUGGGCCAGGGCGUCCUGCCAGUCCAAGGACAGCAGCAGGGGCCAGUCCUCCAUUCUGUGACGUCACUACAGGACCCUCUGCAGCAGGGCUGUGUGAGCUCAGAAAGCACGCCAAAGACCUCUGCCAGCUGCAGCCCUGCACCAGAAUCACCAAUGAGCUCGAGUGAAUCGGUGAAGAGUUUGACUGAACUGGUCCAGCAGCCCUGUCCCCCCAUUGAAACAAGUAAGGAUGGCAAACCACCAGAACCCAGCGACCCGCCUGCUUCCGACUCCCAGCCCACCACCCCACUGCCUCUCUCUGGACACUCGGCCCUCAGCAUUCAAGAGUUGGUAGCCAUGUCUCCAGAGCUGGACACCUACGGUAUAACCAAGAGGGUCAAGGAGGUGCUGACUGACAACAACCUUGGUCAGCGCUUAUUUGGGGAGACCAUCUUAGGGCUCACCCAAGGCUCUGUCUCCGACCUCCUCGCUCGUCCGAAGCCCUGGCACAAGCUCAGUCUGAAGGGACGGGAGCCCUUUGUCCGAAUGCAGCUAUGGCUGAAUGACCCCAACAACGUGGAGAAGCUGAUGGAUAUGAAACGGAUGGAAAAGAAAGCCUACAUGAAGCGGCGGCACAGCUCAGUCAGCGACAGCCAGCCCUGCGAGCCACCCUCCGUUGGCAUUGACUAUAGCCAAGGCGCGAGCCCCCAGCCCCAGCACCAGCUGAAGAAACCCCGUGUGGUGCUGGCUCCUGAAGAGAAAGAAGCUCUGAAACGAGCAUAUCAGCAAAAGCCAUACCCGUCACCAAAAACCAUCGAAGAACUCGCCACCCAGCUCAACUUGAAAACCAGCACUGUCAUCAACUGGUUCCACAAUUACAGGUCUCGGAUCCGCAGAGAACUGUUCAUUGAGGAGAUUCAGGCCGGGAGCCAGGGCCAGGCCGGGGCCAGCGACUCCCCGUCGGCCCGCAGCAGCCGGCCGGCGCCCAGCUCCGAGGGCGACAGCUGUGACGGCGUGGAGGCCGCCGAGGGCCCGGGCGCCGCGGACGCUGAGGAGUCGGGCGGCCCCGCGGCCGCCACCAAGUCUCAGGGAGGGCCCGCCGAGGCCGCCGCCCCAGAGGAGCGAGGAGAGGAGGCGCCGCGGCUGGCGGAGAAGGCAGAGCCGCCGCCCUCGGGGACCCCGGCCCCGCAGGACGCCGACGAGGGCCGACCCCGGGCACCGCUGCCGCCCGAAGGCCCCGCGGACGGCCCGCGGCCUGUGCCAAACCCCGCGGCCGCCGCCGGGGAGGACGCCGCUACCUCAGCCGCCCCGGGAGAGGGCCCCACCCGGGCCCGGGACGCCGCCCCUAGUUCCGCUUUGCCAAGCACCAGCGCGCCGGCCGCCCGCAGGCCCAGCUCGCUGCAGAGCCUCUUCGGCCUCCCCGAGGCGGCGGGCAGGGACUCGCGAGACAACCCCUUGAGGAAGAAGAAGGCUGCGAACUUGAACAGCAUAAUCCACCGCCUGGAGAAGGCCGCCAGCCGCGAGGAGCCCAUCGAAUGGGAGUUCUGAGGGCGCCGCCCGCCCGUCCGCCCGCCGGCCGCUGGGAGCCGCGGGGCGGGGCGGGGCGCGCAGAGGGCGGCGCCUGUCCACGGCCUGGACCGUGUUGCGCACUUACUGCCCUGCGGGCCACAGGGCAAAAUCGCCAUAGGCCAAGGUGCAUAUAGAAACAAAGGAGCAUUAAGCCCAAUCUUUGUCGUGUUUUCAAGGAAGAAAACGGAAAUGUGUAGUCGAGCUUUUUUGUACCCUGAAGUGUUUUUUUUAUUGCCCUAAGUGAUUUCCACAGGUUCUGGAAUAACUCUUACAGCUUUGCCUUGCGCCCUCCUCUUUCGUGUGGGCUUUAAAAAAAAAAUCAAACCCACAUAUUAAAAGGGGGCUUUUUAUCUGCCAUCUAAUGGCUUCAGAGCGAUAAUACACUAUUAUCUUCUUAAACCAGGAAAGGGGGAGGGGGGAUUUUUCAGAAAAAUUAAAAAAGAAAGUUUUUGUAGCUGUUCAGUUGCCACUAAGAGAUUGCACAGUCAAACCGACUCUAAACACACUAGUUUGGAUUCCUAAAUAUUUUCAAGUAAAGAAUCUUCUCGUUUGAAACUUUGAAUUAAAAUAAAACACAUUUACUCCACAUAUUUUUUAACAAAAAGAAAAGUCACAUCAGGAAAAUAACUGAUUUUGUGGUAGCUGAUGUAGUGUUUUCUUGUACGUGAAUAGAAUCCUGACAUGUAGUGCACAUUGAUCCAUAGCUUUAACUGACUCUGGGCUUUUGCCGGCCAGGGUCUGUUUAAUACACUCCAUUCUAGGCCAAAUCAGGACAAAAAGAAAAGAUCCGAAUCUAGGUAUUUUAUAAUCUGCUUUUUAACCUCUAACCGCAGAGCACGCUGAUCAGACCUCAUAUCUCGGAGGUUUAGGAGACAAGUUAGAACUGUAGCAUGUACCCGUUCAUUUCGUUUAAUUUAUGGUGUCUACGUCUGUGUUAGUGCGUCUGCACAUAUGUGAGCAUUUAAAGAAAGGAGGAAAGAGUAGGCCACUAAGGUUCUGGGGCCCAACGGCCCACCCCUUGUAGACAGCAGUCUUUCCUUGGCACAGAAGGCACCACACCUCACACCACUCUCCCAGGCGCCUGAUGGACUGAGCCCCACCAGGGGACGCCGCUCCCUGGGCCUGGGCAGGGCUCUCGCGCACUCUCUCUUUCCCUUUCUUCCCACCACAAGCACUGAUGACUGUUGAAGUCGUGGGAAGCUUCCUUCCCUGCAGAAGAGAGAACGUAGCAAUCUGGGCUCUGCUCCCAACCCCGUAGAGAUGGCCCAAACUGACACCAAAACGUAGAUGCUCUUCACUUCCAGACCAGACCGAUGACCCUCCAUUCAUUUUGCCUCUUGGAGCGUUCUUUUAUGCAGUCUUUUACUUAGUCUUUUAGGGCAGUCUAAGUACAAAUCAAAAGUCUAACUUGUCUCUGAUUCCUCCUGUUGUCUAUGUGUAUAUGCGUGAGAAUAGAGGUGGAUGAGAGUGUGCGUGUGUGCGUGUGUGCAAUUUUAUACGUCUGUGUAUUUUCUUAAGUACCUGUGCACACAUAGAGUGCAUUACUGCCACCUUUUUUCAAUAAGCUGUUUUAUCAGUUAUGGCUUCUACAAGUUUGCUAAUUUAGACUCCUUUAUUGCCAUAUCUUUAAACUAACAAUAGAUGAUUUCGGUAUAUAUAUAUAUUUUUUUUUGCUUAUUUAUAGGUGCUGUAUUUUAUUAUCUGAUUGUUAGGAAGGGAUGAAAGGGGCAAAUAUUCUUUAGAGGGAUAGACUGCCGGCAGUAUUGGGUAUAAUUUACAAGAUGUAGUUGUCAUACUGUAUAUUACUGAUUGAAAACUUUUUGACCGUAUUGUGUAUCAUUGAAACCUUUGUCUUAGGUCAACAUCUUUGGAUGACAUUUUAAUGGUGCAUUCAUUAUUUCUUAAGUUUAAUUAAUAUUAUCUUUUUUUGAUUUGGGGGUGGGAGGGAGUUAUAAUUUUAGAGGUAUGCUCCCGCUAUUACACCUCAGUGUGCUUGUAUUAAUUAACUUGUAGGACUUUGACUGUAAGAUGUGAAACCACAUUUCUUGCAUGAUGUUUUAGAAAUUAUAUAUUUCAUUUACAGUCUUUUAACCUGCAGCUGCAGCACUUAGUUCAAGUUUUCACAAAUUUAAGAGUCACUACACUAAAGACAAUGCCUUUUCAUGAGUAAGAAGUUUUCAGAAGGCUCUAGGAGGCUGUGAGGCAGGCCGUUUGUCUUUUGAUAGUUGCAUCAUCUCUGAACUUGAAAUCUGGUUCAGUGAGAAGAGAAUUCAAAAUGGAGGAGCUUAAGGGGAAAUAGAUUAACAUCUGGCUCAAUUCGGGUGCAUUAAGAAGAGCGAAUUUGCAUUAGUGACCCUUAGGACAGUGAGUAGCAGAGCCCCUGACAGUACUGUGGUGUCCUCUCCACAAAAACCUUGAGGGAAUUUUGUCAUCAUGUGUGAUGAAUCACUAAAUAUCUGAUUUUCAUCAGAAUCAAAAGCAGGGAGUUAACAGGAAAUAUUAGGGUAGUGUUAAUUUUAAAGGCAUGACUGUUAUAUAUGGAGGUAUUAAAUCUGAAGAAAUUGAAAAAUUGUAAAUUUGUUCAUUCUUGUGGCCAAAUAGUAACAGUCUAAAACAGCCAUUUUGGCUCUUCCAAGCAAUUUAGUCAUUUUUGUUGUUGUGUUUUUUGUGGGUUUUUUUUUAAGUAGGUUAUUGUUUAUUUCCAUUCUGUCUUUUUUGCCAGACUUACAUCUGGGUGCUUGAUACAAUCAGUUGGUUAAAUUUUGCUUGCA